AACCUGUACCAGAGCAGGUUUCUGGGCCUGGCAGCCAUGGCCUCUCCGUCUCGCCGGCGGUGUAAGAGCGAGACACACUUCAGCUCGGCUCGAUCCACCAGCGACACGGACCUGGUGUCCUUACAGAGCCGCUCCACCCUGAGCGCCAGCACCUCGCUCUACUGCAUCGGACAAUCAGACCAGCUCGUCAUCUGCUGGGACAUCAGAGAGGAGGUGGACGCCGGCGACUGGAUCGGCAUGUACCUCAGCGACGAGGUUCUGUCAGAAAACUUUCUGGACUAUAAGAGUCGUGGCGUGAGCGGCUCUCACAAAGGCCAGAUCGUGUGGAGAAUCGAUGCCAGCUUGUACUUCACGGAGGGCAGUCGACAGUCCACUUUCACAACCGCCACAGAUGCAGUCUUCAUCGUCUUCAGGCGUCUGCACAUUUUCAAGACUGCCUUCGUCUUUGGUCAGGCAAUCUUCCACCUCGACGACUCCAUGCUG